AUGCACAACCGUGAGGAUGGAGGACCUGGAGGCCAUGACCUCCUCCCCUUGGCGAGCGUGCUGGUGGGUGCCUCUAGAAGUAGGCGCCUAUUUGCGAGGGAGGUUGGUGCGGCGAUGGACGAGAUCAUCGACGGCGAGAAGGUGAUUUUGGAUGCCAUGGGGAAGAAGAUGCGGGGGUACGAAUGGCCAGGAGCGCUCUGGUUCAUUGCGAUGUAUGCUACUCUUGCAAGUCGGGAUGUGCAUGAUUGCUGCUUGAUUCCAGAGUCUCCAUUUUAUAUGGAUGGGGAAGGGGGGUUGCUUCAAUAUGUAGAGAGGAGGCUGAAAGAGAACAAGCACAUGGUUAUUGUUGUUGCUGAGGGAGCAGGCCAGGAUAUUAUUGCUAAAAGCAUACCCACUUCAGAUCAGCAAGAUGCAUCUGGAAAUAAACUGCUUCUUGAUAUUGGUCUCUGGCUGACUCACAAGAUUAAGGAUCACUUCAAGAGCAAAAAGAUGGAGAUGACGAUUAAAUACAUUGAUCCUACCUACAUGAUCCGAGCUAUUCCGAGUAAUGCAACAGAUAAUGUCUACUGCACACUGCUGGCUCACAGUGCCAUCCAUGGCGCAAUGGCGGGAUACAGCUUCACUAUUGUGAUGGUCAAUGGCAGACAUGCCUACAUACCUUUCUAUAGGGUGACGUCCACGCGGAACAAGGUGAAGAUCACUGACCGGAUGUGGGCGAGGCUGUUGUCACCGACCAACCAGCCAAGCUUCUUGAGCCAGAAGGACAUUGACGAGGCCAGGGAGGCCAAUAGGUUGGCCAACAAGCCGCGGCUGCCAUCUGUCGCCAACCACAAUGUGACAAAAGCCUUUGACCAAUCUGCAUCGACUUCGUCGAACGGCGAGAUAUAG